UCUACCUUGUACCCAUGCUUGUCCAUACCUUAAUCCCUUUAUAGUUCUUUGAGGAGCUGGCAGUAGAAGAUAAACAGGCUGGAGAAGAAGAGAAAGUACCCAAGGAAAAAGAACAACAGCAACAGCAGCAGCAGCAAAAGAAGAAGCGAGACACCCGAAAAGGCCGGCGAAAGAAGGAUGCAGAUGAUGAUGGAGAGGAAAAAGAACUCAUGGAGCGUCUUAAGAAGCUUUCCGUGCCAGCCAGUGAUGAGGAGGAUGAGGUACCUGCUCCAAUACCCCGAGGAGGGAAGAAAACCAAGGGCGGUAAUGUUUUUGCAGCCCUGAUCCAGGAUCAGAGUGAGGAAGAGGAGGAAGAAGAAAAACAUCCUCCUAAGCCUGCCAAGCCAGAGAAGAAUCGGAUCAACAAGGCUGUAUCUGAAGAGCAACAGCCAGGGCUCAAGGGCAAAAAAGGAAAAGAAGAGAAGUCAAAAGGGAAGGCAAAGCUGCAGAAUAAAUUUGCUGCUCUGGACAAUGAAGCGGAGGAUGAAGAAGAUGAAGAAGAAGAAAUAACUAAAGAAAAGGAUGCUCCCAAACAAGGGAAGGAGAAGGCCAAAAAGGCAGAACAGGUGUGUAUUUUGCUGGGGGUGGGGGUGGAGAGCAUAGGUGAGAGAGUCGGGCUCUGGCCUUUAGGGGAGAGUCUGGAUCGGGGGAACUACAAACUUUUUCCAGAAAGACCCCUGCUUUGCAGUCUACAUAUGCUCUCUAUUGCAUGUGACCCUUGGAUCUCAUGUGUGCUAGGCAGGUGCUCUACCACUUAG